GUGUCACGGAUUCAUCGUGGUUUGUAUUUAUCAAACUAUCACCAAGAAGUCAUCUAUCAUAUUAUAUGGGAGCAACUCAUUUGCCUUCGCCAAAAAGUAAAAGAAUAAAAUUUGCGACCACAGAAAUCCCUCGAUUUCCGAUCUAUUGGUAAUAGCAAUUGGUUGGGUGGUUCUGACAUCGGUGGAUCCUCUUGGAUUUCAGCCAAGAUGACUGAGAUCGUGAUGAGCCAAACGCCUCCUAUCCUGCACGGGCCGACGGAGAAAGAGAAGAAGUAUGACAGACAACUUAGACUCUGGGCUGCCAGCGGCCAAGCAGCUCUCGAGUCAGCAAACAUCCUUCUUGUGAACUCUGGUGCCGGUACCGUCGGAGUGGAGACAUUGAAGAACCUCGUGCUGCCAGGGAUAGGAAAUUUCACAAUAGCGGAUGAUGCUAUCGUGAACGAAGCCGACUUAGGUGUCAACUUCUUUCUUGACGAGAGUUGCCUAGGAAAGCUAAGGUCGGAAUGUUGUACCAAGCUUCUCCAAGAACUCAAUCCAGAGGUUCGAGGCGAAUGGUUUCCAAAGGAACAGGGUAUUCUGGAUCUAGGUAGCGCUCUAGAAGCAUCGCCUAUUUUCACCAUGAUUAUGUACACUCAUCCUAUCAAGGAGGAAAUUCUUUCAGUUCUCGAAUCCUAUGCAAGUCAGCACAAGACUCCCCUAUUGGGGAUCCAUUCCGCCGGAUUUUAUUCGUACUUUCGCAUCAACCUCCCAGGGACGUUUCCCAUAGUCGACACCCACCCGGAAGUGGAGAAGACAACAGACCUUCGCCUCCUAAACCCCUGGCCUGAGCUUGUCGACUUUUCGCGAGAUAUGACGAAGAAUAUUGAUGCUUUAGAUGACCAUGAACAUGGGCAUUUACCAUAUGUCGUCAUACUACUCCAUUACCUCGAGGAAUGGAGACGGUCGCACAACGGCCAAAAUCCCAUUAGCUACAGUGACAAGACGGCAUUUAGUAAAUUCGUAUCAAGCAAGGCAAGGACCACAAACCCGGAGGGUGGGGAAGAGAAUUUCCAAGAAGCUGCAAUUGCCAUCAACAAGAAUAUCAAGGCUCCCGAAUUAGAACCCGGAGUACAGGAACUUUUCGAUCAUAAAGUCUCGGAUGAGAUUGAGCUCCAGUCCACCUUCUGGGUUGUUGCGAAGGCCAUCGAGACAUUCUACCGCAAGCAUAAUUGCCUCCCUUUGCCUGGGGCCUUACCCGAUAUGAAGGCCCAGUCAAGUGUCUACGUCAAAUUGCAGAGUAUAUACAAGGAAAAAGCUCGGAAAGACGCGCAUGAAGUUUUAGAGACGGCCAGGGCCAUAUCAGGUGGCAAGGACGUUGAUCCUGCCGAGGUAGACCUCUUCUGCAAGAAUGCUCGAUUUGUGAAGCUCAUCAAUGCAACACCAACGAGGGCAGAUCUCGAUGAGGUUUACGAAACUGAAGUAGCUAACGAUGAGGCGGCCGAGGCUAUGAAGGUCGAGACCGACGGUGCAUUUACGCUACCAAUGUCGAACCUCUUCAUCUAUCUCGCCCUCGUGGCGACUAGUCAUCGUAUUACUUACAGCGCCGACGAAAUAAUGAGCUCCAUCACCAGCACCGUACCAAAAGCAGCCGAGAAUGAGCGAGCCCUCCAGGCUGCUCAGGAGGUAGCUCGAGCUGGCGGCGGCGAACUUCACAACAUCUCUGCACUCACUGGCGGCAUGGUGGCUCAAGAAAUCAUCAAAAUCAUCACGAAGCAGUACAUCCCAAUCGAAAAUACCUGCAUAUUUGACGGCAUCAGUAGCCGGUGCCAGGUACUUCGGCUAUAGUAGGUGGAUCCCGGAAAGGGUAACAGCCAGCACUAGAGGAUAUUCCCAUAGGCAUAUCAUCCGCAGAUCCGGGUUAUUCAUGGGGAAGUUGGAGAACUAGUGGAGAAAUUUGAAAAGCCUGGAAGCUUGGCGCACCUGACGAUACUACACAUUCACACCAUUCACACCAUCCCUCCAUCUAGCUGGAGAGGGCGGGGGAUACACGUCGGACCGCAGACCCUCUGCACCAACCUCGAUGAUGGUAUUCGAAAGCUGCGUCUGGUAACCUCCUGAGCCGACGAUGAAGCAUCUCUAGUUUUGCUGACUACUGCUACUCGAGAAAUCUACCCAGUCGGGUGAAAUGAGAAUGAGUUACUCUAAAUCUGGAGUGCAUGCGUACGUGCGGUGUUACCGUUCGCAAGUAGCUGAAGUGACAAGGUGGCUGCCACAUGCUUGAUAUUGUGCAUGGAGUUCUUGGGCUGUGUUAGCCCACUUUCCAAUACGACUCUCCAGACAAAAAUUCCACUGGGUGAGAUCUAAGUGGAUGUAACUUUCAGGUACGGGAAAACACUGAAACGCCUAUUUUCUUCUCUACCGGACUCUCGCCUAUAAUGAUUUUGUUGCC